ACCGACUCACACAUACUCACUCCGCUCCCGCGGUCCCCUUCCUCUUACCGGUGGGCCCCUUUCCCCACACACUCCUCUGAGGACUACCUCCAUUCCCCUUCCAGCCAUGGAAGGGAGUUCAUCCGAGGACAUCGCCGCGGCGCAGUCCACACCCCAGGCUCGUCAGGAGCGACUCACGAGGCACGUCAACGUCCUGCGUCGUCUUCUUGCUCUGCUCUCUGACCCUGAUCGCACCCUACCCAUCAUCCCUAUUCGCCUAGGGACAUCUACGAGGGUGUACCGCGCUUUAUGGGACUCUGGCUCGCAGGGAGAUUUCGUUCACCCUCGAGUGGUUGAGGAAGCUCGCCUAGCUACCUCUGGGUCUCGCUCUCCUAUCUCCGUUACCCUCGGAGAUAACAAGACGCAACGCUUCUUCGAUCAGACGGUCCCCGACCUCCACUUCUCCCUCACCCUCCAACCAUCGGAUAGUACCCAGACGCCUAGGCGCUACCAUUCCUCCGCAUACUUCGACGUGCUGGAGACUGGGUACGACUUUAUCCUUGGCACUCCCUGGUCUCGCGGGCUCCGCAGCACAGAGGCCGAAUGGGCGACCGAGACACUCGUUCUUAAAACGAAGUGUGGUCAGACCCAUCGCGUCCUGCUCAUUGGAACCACGGGCGAAACCCCACACGACCUACUUCCCCAGGACCCUCGUCCCUCAGGGUCCCACCCUAACAUCGCGUUCACUUCCCCUCGUCAGUUUGCUCACUUCAUACGACAGGAGGACGUCACGUUCUACUCAGUGAACGUCAUGGAUCUUCUUCGCUACGAUCCACUCUGUCCCGUGGUUGAGCUAAUCUCUCUGGAGCCCGAUCCCCCUGACCCUCCUUCCAUCUUCGCGGCUCCCAUCUCUACAUCCAUUCGUCAGCCUGCGGAUACCCCCUCCACGUCUCAGGCCCCUGCGCCGUCGACUGUCGAGUCCACACAUACGUCUCGUGCUGACGCAGACGCUGAGGAACUCACACGGUUCACGACAGACUUAGAGCCGGCCGUUCGCGACCUGAUUCGAGAGUACCGCGACGUCUUUCCCCCGUAUUUCUCAUACAGCGGGAUUCCCCCGAUGCGCGGUGUUGAGCAUUCUAUCCAGCUCGUGCCUGACUAUCGUGUUCACCAUCCGGCACCGUACCGACUCUCCAUCCCAGAGGCGACGGAAUUCAAGCGUCAGCUUGAGGAGCUCUUUCGACUGGGUUUCAUUAAACCCAGUAACUCCCCUUGGGGUGCACCUGUCCUCUUUGCUCGCAAAGCGGACGGAACUCUCCGCCUCUGCAUCGACUAUCGCGGCCUUAACCGUUACACGGUUAAGAACAGCUAUCCCAUGCCCCGCGCGGAUGAGCUGUUUGACCGUCUGGCAGGCAACCGCUUCUUCAUGAAGAUUGAUCUUUGUAGCGGUUACCACCAGAUCCGCGUUGUCACAGAGGAUCAGCCGAAAACCGCCUUCCGAUCGCGCUUCGGCCACUACGAGUUCACGAGAGACGAUCGCCAAGCGGUGCUAAAAUCACCGAAGAUGACGACCACAGGCCCUAGUGAACGACAGGGUACCGUGUUGGCCGCUGACGGAAAAGGCCAUGUCAGGUAUGGUGGUCAAGCGAUGGCCAGGAAGCUCUCUUCUAGCGUCGGCAGGGGCGUCUUCUCAGCCGUUGAUGGGUUGAUCUCCUCCGUGAAGUCCCAACUACGCAUGAUGUCAGUGUUAGGCGAUGAUGACAUCAUCGAGAAAAAGAAGCAUGGAACAUCAUCGCCGAAGGAUGUUCCUCGUGCCAUGUGGCACCAUGUCACCUCGUCGAUGUUGCUUCUUUCCCCAAAGGAUGUCCAGAAGGGUUUGUGGCAAGGUCGGCCCGCAUUUGCCCUUCUGCAAGGAUCGAUGCAGGUUGUCGGUCAGGACAAUGGGGGAUUGUGUGCGAUUGCGGCAAUGAAAGGAGCGAACUUGCGAAAGUGCUUGGUGCGGCUUGCGCGACUGGAGCGGCCCCCUGCUGACGUCUGGCUGUCGGCCGCUAAUUCGCUUUAUACGGGCGACACGCUGCAGGUCAUGGUCAACUUGCCGCCUCCACGGAACUUGUUCGACAAGCUGUGGAACGAUGCAUGGACGCAUUUCCGGAAGAAUAACCUUGUCCGUGUCCAGUACGAGAAAACGGAUGUUCCGGUUUACCCCGUAUCCCCAGACUCUUUGCGGUGGCGGGCAUUCAUUCCCACGACACCGUUGGAUUCCCCGGGUCUGAAGGAUCUUAUGGUGGAUGUUUCCGAUGGUCGGCACAGGCCGUUCUAUCGCUCCCUGGAAUUGAAGGAUCGGGAGUACGUGGUCGAGUCGAUUUGGCUAAGCGAUACUAAGUCCGGCUUGUUGGGUACGCAGCAAGAGAUGAAAGCCAUGGCUGCGCUGAGAGCGAGGAGGACUCCUAAGCAAUACUGGGAAGGGAAAUUUGUUGUGCCAAGUGACGGCGAGGUGACGACUCCCUAUGGCGUCCAGAGGUACUAUAACGGGGUCUUUGCCAAGGGGUAUUACCAUCGAGGGGUGGAUUAUGGAGCACCAGAAGGCGAUAUUGUGAAGGCCCCCGCCGCAGGCGAGGUAGCGUUGGUAGGAAGAGAAAAGGAGGGAUUUGGUCUCCACGGAAAUUGUGUGGGGCUUGACCACGGCCACGGCGUUACGAGCAUCUUGAUGCAUCUGUCGGAUAUUGCCGUCCGCGAAGGACAGCGGGUUCACGCCGGCGAUGUGAUCGGCACCGUCGGCGAGACGGGUCUUGCAACUGGACCUCAUCUUCACUGGGGUCUUUAUGUAGGUGGCAAGUGCGUCGAUCCGCAGCCGUGGAUCAGUGGGCAGAUCAAAGGUGUCUGAAACAUGCAUGCAGGGAGAUUAAAAAAAAAAAAAACCGAUCUUGAAUUAUUCUGAUUCCUAUGGAUGCACAGUGCAUGAUUCACAACCAGGUACAUUACCCUCCGGCGAGGAGAGAGAGAGUUCAACACACAGUGGCGAAGGUUGUCAAGGUCACACUUAGCUGUCUCGUCCGUGGACGUCUUUCAUGAACACCCGACUACCCUCCUAACUGAUCGAUAAUCUCUGCCUGAUGCCAUCCACCGGUGGGUAUGCAUGGUUGAUGUCAACAAUAAAAGAGUCAACUGGAGGCGAGAGUGCAAAUUCAUAUCGGCAAUGGCAUGUAGCUGAGAGGAAUAGCGAUUUCAAAAAAUAGCUAUACAACAUCUCUGCCUGAUGCCAUCCAAUGGUGGGUAUGCAUGGUUGAUGUCAACAAUAAAAGAGGCAACUGGAGGCGAGAGUGCGAAUUCAUAUCAGCAAUCGCAUAGCUGGGAGCAAUAACGAUUUCCAAAAAUAGCUGUACAACAUGUGAUGUCAAUCAUGGUAUAGGGAGUGAUGGUACGCCAUAGCCAUAGAUGGCAUAGAGAUGGAUUAGACACAGUAGACGGAAUGCAUAUGUCAUCGAUGGUGAACACGGAUUGGCAACGUUGGUGUGGCAAUUGGCAGUUAUAAAUCCUUUUAUAGCUUUUAUUAGGGCUGCUCUACCCCCUUAUAGCUUUUAUUAGGACUUCUCCAUCAGCUUCGGCACCUUCGGUGCGUAGGAAAAGGUAAAACCGCAAUCUAUCCUUUGCAGUCUGUGUAUACCAGUAUGGCUCUGACAGAAGGGAGGUUUGAUAAUGACAUUAUUGUGUUCAUACUACUUCAUAGUCUUCAGACUCUUUAGAAUUUUGGUGCUUUCUAUGCCAAAAUUUGACAUGAAGGCGCAGGUAAUUAGGUUAGGGAGGUGGUUCGGUAGGUCUAGUCAUCCACCUGUUUGCUGGCAGGGAUUCUUUCUCAACAACUGAGAAGUAAGCACAGCAGUUAUGGUCAUACAGAGCCUUGAGUAACUGCUUUGAUUACUUUCCAGUUGCGGUUAAUUUUCUGCUUUUGAUUGCAGUGGCAGUGACCAUAGAGCUAGCGGCACUUUGUUAUAACAUUUGUUGGUAGUGGUAGUACUGAUAUGGAGAUAGACAUCAUAGUAGUAUUCAGACGAGAAAAAAAAAAAAAGUGCUCAUGAAAUUCAUGAGCGAACACAUUUUGCUGCAGUCUCCCAUGGAGUUGUAUAACUUUAUCCCUACCCAGGCUACCCUCUAUUAAAUUCACUAAUGUACGGAAGUUUGAAUCCGACCUGCCGGGCCCUUCCAGACCCAACAGGCGGGAUUGUCGCAUGAACGUAACAAUUCUUGAAUCUGCUCCAUCAAACCCUGUCGGGCCAAUGGCCAGGAUUGUUGCAGCAAUGCGAGAAACUUUGAAGUCGGGCUGUCGGACCUCACCAGUCGAAUGGUCCAGACUGUCUCGCGCUCUCACAGCUUUAAGA